UCAGUACCACCGUCAAGACUUACAAAUCCUUCAGGCAGGUAUAAAUUUGCUCGACACAGAUUUAUUUUGCCCAAACAUGAUCAUGAGCCUUUUCUGACUGUCUUCCACACCACUGUCCGCUUGGGAUGACAACUUUGCUUCCAAUUUCCAAAAGUGGAAAGACAUGGCAGUGGUUCAACUGGUGUCAAAACUGUCUUCAAAUCCCUUGCAUUAUUGGGCUUCAUUAAAUUUCAACUUUGCCUCAUGUCUGGGGUAAAAAAAAAUGGUAUCAUCCCGGAUGGAGAACACUUGGACAACACCUCCUAUCCCAGCUCCUUCCUUCCUGAAAUAAGAAGUAUGAUGUGGCAGACCGACAAAUAGACAAAGAGAGAGGUGAGAAGCGAAGAGGAGAGGAGAAGAAGAAGGGAGCCUGAAUGAACCCAAAUUCAUUCACACAGGCAGCCGACAGGCGGACGGCUCAGCAGGCUGGUGGGUGAGAGAAGUGGGAGCCACAAUCAGUCAGUGAGCCGCUGCACGAUGAGCCUCAACGUCCCGGGACUAGUGGUGAUGGUGCUCUUCUACCUGCUGGUGCUGGGCACCGGUAUCUGGGCCUCCGUCAAGAGCAAGCGGCUGCAGAAGAGCAGCCAGGGGGACCAAACAGAGAUCACACUGCUGGGCAACAGGGGGAUCAGCCUGGUGGUGGGAGUCUUCACGAUGACAGCUACAUUUGUUGGAGGGGGCUUCAUUAUGGGUCUGACUGAGGUAGUGUACACUCCGACUAUGGGACUGACGUGGGCUGUCAUGCCAGCAUCAGCAGCCCUGUCUUUCAUUGUUGGUGGACUUUUCUUCGCAAAGACAAUGAGAGACAGAAGAUAUGUGACCAUGAUGGACCCGUUCCAGAUCAAAUAUGGAAAUGCAAUAAGUGCAGUUCUGUCACUGGCAUUGCUGAUAUCCGACAUCAUCUGGGUUACAGGAACUCUAAUUGGCUUAGGUGCAACAAUGGCCGUGAUCCUGGAUUUGCCCUAUUCUGUUUGCAUUUGGAUCUCUGCCUCAGUAGCCAUCAUCUACACACUGCUGGGAGGCCUCUACUCGGUCGCAUACACAGACAUCAUACAGCUAACUCUCAUAUUCCUCAGUUUGUGGCUAUGUGUCCCCUUCAUCUUUAUGAACACCCAUUCAACUGACAUCACCAAAACGGCUUUCAAUUUUACCUACCAGGCCCCCUGGGUUGGUUCGGUGGAUAAAGAAAGAGCAUGGAGGUGGAUCGAUAAUUUCCUAAUAUUGUCAUUAGGUAACCUUGGAUACCAGGACUUCCACCAGAGGACGCUGUCGGCUGCCUCAUCAGCUACAGCCCGUAUCACCUGUUUUGUGGCAGCUCCUCUCAUCUUUAUACUCGGGAUCCCAGGCGUGCUGAUCGGAGCAGUGGCAGCAUCAACAGAUUGGAACACAACCGCGUACGGCUCCCCAAGCCCAUACGAGCGCGGCGAGGCCAGUCAGGUGCUGCCCAUUGUUCUGCAGCACCUCACCCCACAAUACAUCUCCAUCAUCGGCAUCGGAGCGAUAGCCGCUGCAGUGAUGUCCUCGACAGACUCUGCUUUAUUGUCCGCCGCCUCCAUCUUCACGUCCAACAUCUAUAGGAACAUGAUGAGGACCACGGCGUCGGAUAGGGAGCUCCAGUGGGUGAUCCGUGCCACGGUGGUGUUGGCGGGCCUGGCCGGCACCGCGCUCACCUUCGUACACAACAGCGUUAUGUUUUUCUGGAUCCUGGGCUCAGGCAUAACCUACACCGUCAUGUUCCCCCAACUCGUCUGUGUCCUGUUCUUUCACAUCUCCAACGGCUAUGGCUCCAUCGUGGGCCUGGUUGUCACAGUGGUCAUGAGAGUGCUGAGCGGCGAGCCAACGAUAGGACUGCCCAUUGUUCUCCACCUCCCGGGUUGCACGCUUGAGAAUGGCGUAUACGUCCAGCACGCUCCUGUUCAGACGAUCUGCAUGUUGUCCAACAUGUUUGUUACUUUGUUGUUCUCCUACCUAGCCUCACUGAUAUUCAACAGAGGACUGAUUCCAGGGAGGUGGGACGUAUUUAAGGUGAAAACCGACAAACCGCCAAAGAAACCAACGUUAGUGAGCAACGGGGUCACCAAAACAGACGAGAAGGAACACGGAGUUGAUGAGAUUGAAUUAAUGUUAACCGCAAAUCAGACUGAUUGAAUGAAAAAUGAUUCAAUGGGAUGUUUACAGGUUUGUGUUUUUGCACAAACAAAAUAUUCUUGACCUAAUAUGGUGGAAGAAUUCCUCUCUUUAAAAAAAUAUGUGGCUAGAGAAUUAAAAAUGUUUGGAAGUAAAAAUCGAAUGAAUUUUGAACAUUGAUAUGGCAGUGAACAUAAAUGUGAACAAAUGUAUUGGAGCAAUGUCUUCCUGAGCAGAGAAUACACACAGACACAUGUCACAGCUGGGCCAGUUAAGCCU